CUCCUUCUCGGAUCUUUGCUCCGAAAUGGUCAUCGCAUUCGCGGCAGGUUUAAAGAUUUUUUACCGGCAUUGUAAGAAACGCGAGUGAUAAAAGCGGAUAAUAGUAGAAAACGUGGAAGACUAGAAAUUCGAUAUAAAAAGAUAAUUCGGAUAUUUCGAACGAAUACUUUAAAUUUUUAUAAUGUUAUAGUAAAAACUUGAAUCCCGGAGGAAAAUAAAUCGAAGCAGACGUUAACUCUUUAACGUUGCAUGCCUGUAGCAAACAUAUAUAUAGUUGGAUUAUAGGUACCUACACCUAUAAGGCUACAUCGCGUAGAAUACGCGAGAUAAGCGCGCGCGCGCGAGCCACCGGCGCCAAAAUUCUCAUCCCGGGUUUAGAGGUUAGGUUAGGCUGUUUGGCACGCCAUCUUUAAAUAACCCAAUACAAUAUGGCGGCGAUCUACGAUGCGUAUGAUGAAACUGUUGGCGUGUGGUGAGGAGGUGUUUUCACGGGCUUUAUAAGCCCUGUGCAAGUCGUUUUGCCAAGUUUUCCGCGGUGUAUUUUUGUGAAAAUCACCGAUUAACGAUCCGAAGACAGGAGAGAAAAGAGACUAGGUUCAUCGAGUCCGCGCAGAUGUAAUAUGAACCGGUUUGAUGAUCCGAUUGUUCUAAGAGGAAGAAAACCAUUUAUCGGAAUGAACGGAGUACCAGAGACUGAUGAACAACAACGCAUACGAUUCCAGGUUGAGUUGGAAUUCGUUCAGUGCCUAGCUAACCCCAAUUACUUGAACUUUUUAGCUCAACGAGGUUAUUUCAAAGACUCAACCUUUAUAAAUUACUUGAAAUACUUGCUGUAUUGGAAGGAACCAGAGUAUGCAAAGUACCUAAAGUAUCCGAUGUGUCUGUAUUUCCUUGAUCUCUUGCAAUACGAGCACUUCAGACGAGAAGUAGUUAAUUCACAGUGUACCAAGUUUAUUGACGACCAACAAAUUCUCUUGUGGCAACAUUACACACGGCGGCGUACAAGGCUAUUACAGACAGCUGCUGAACAAAUACAACAGCACAAUCCCCAACAAAAUAAUGGGAUUGCACAGCCAAAAGUGCUUUGAGAGUAUUAUCAUUAAAACUUGUAAAAACGGAUGUGACUUCUUUGGUUUUCGUUGGUAUGGUGGAUUGAAAUAACAUUGCAGAACAACAAUAAUUUUAAGAUUAAAAUUACUUUGUUCCUAAGAAUCAACAAUUAAUGAUGUUCGUUAGGUUCUUCUGUGAUAACGCAUUAAUAAAGCAGUUUUUAUAUUUAUUAAACAGUAUAAGAUCUCUCUAAUAUACAUCUUCAAAUGUUCCCCAUGAUUUUGAAAGUUGACAGACAUUUGUUCUGAAAAAUUACAAUUAUUUAAUUUUUUGUGUUAUUGUUAAUAAAGUAUAAGAACAAUUUUGAUUAAA